CUGGUCCCGGCGCUUCGUGCCCAGGACGCAGCGAGUGGCUCCGCUGCACCCGGUGCGCUGAGCCGGGCGAGGACCCCCGGGCCGGCCAGCGCGGAGUGGAGCAGGAGCCUGCGGGGCUGGGCUGUGCGGGGUGGGUCCCUGAUCCGCCCCCACUAGCAGCAGACAGAGGGAGAGGGGGGAAGACCUGGGGAAGGGGGGAGAUAAGGGCAAGGGGGGAACAAGCCCCCCCUCCCCGAACAAAGUGCAAGGGAAAGUUUCUUUUUAAAACAAGAGCAUCCAGCCCCAGCACGGGGCAGAGAGGAGAAGCUGGGCCAGAGAUGUGAGCUUCACCUCCUAAAGGGGGAAACGCCACUUACUUCCCGGGAAGCGAUGGGCGAGUGACUCCCACCCUGGAGCCAGCAGAGACCAGGAAAGGGGUCUGGAUUUUUUUUUUUUUUUUAAACAAAAGCAAGCAGCCAAAAAGCCUCCCCAACCUGAUCAGAAGCAUGAGGCACCAGCCGCUGCUCUUGCCCUAAGAAGAAGGUGAGAAAGAAGGCAAGAAACAGCAGCUAUGCAGGCAUCGGACCUGUAGAUGCAUGAUAUUCUCCUUGCACCUUGAGGACAGGGGUGAUUUGUUUGCCUGACAGCCAUGCAGUAUAAAGGCAUCACGCUGAUCGUCUUCUUGGAGUAUAUCGUUGCUGGCCAAGGUGAGGCAGAUCCAGUGAAGCUCCGAUCCUUCCGCUGCGAUGGCCAUGCCUGCAAUCCUCCUGUGGGGAAUCUAGCAACAGGCAGGACUCCAGUCACUCUUACCACGUGUGGGCAGAACAGCACCGAACUUUACUGCUUCUACCCAGACCAGAACCUCCUCCAUCAGGCUUCCCAAGGCUGCGGGCAGCCGAGAUGCACAAAGUGCAAUGCCAAUCAGCCCGACAAUUCCCACCUUCCUGCUGAUAUGACAGACGAUUUCUUUCUGAACCCUGUCUCCUGGUGGCAGUCUGCACAAGGAGUUCACCGGGAGGAAAUUAGGCUGGACUUCGAAACGGAGGUCUACCUGACCCACGUCAUAGUAGUGUUCAAGUCGCCUCGCCCAGGUGCAAUGGUGCUGGAAAGGUCCCAGGACUACGGUCAGACUUGGAGGCCCUAUAAAUAUUUUUCGGUCAACUGUACAGCCACUUUUGGGCUCCAAGAUGACAUCAUUGAGGAGGGCUCGAUGUGCACUUCCAGGUAUUCAGAUGCAGUCCCUUGCACCAGAGGUGAGGUGAUUUAUCGUGCUUUAACUCCAGCCAACAAGAUUGAAGAUCCAUAUAGUCCUGAGGCUCAGGACCUCCUGAAGCUAACCAACCUGCGCCUCCUUUUAUUAAAAAGGCAAGAUUGUCCCUGCCCUGGUGUGGGGUUGCUGGAGAAACCUCAGAGAUUUGCCCACUAUGCUGUUUAUGACCUGAUUGUCCGAGGAAGUUGCUUUUGCAACGGGCAUGCAGAAGAAUGUGAGCUUGCCUACGGGAAGGGGAACGUGGAAAAUGUGGUCCAUGGGAAGUGUGUGUGCAGACACAACACAGCAGGGGACCACUGUGAGAGGUGUGCACCAUUAUACAAUGACCAGCUUUGGAAGCCAGGAGAUGGAAAAACUGGUGCAUCAAAUGAAUGCAGAAGGUGCCGCUGUCACAACCAUGCAGAUAGCUGCCACUUUGACCUUAGUGUUUGGCUAGCAUCAGGAAAACGCAGUGGUGGAAUCUGUGACAACUGCAAGCAUAACACGGAGGGGCAUCGGUGUCAGAGGUGCAGACCUGGGUUUUACCGAGAUAAGGAGAAACCUAUGUCUUCUCCUGAAGCCUGCAGACCUUGCUCCUGUCAACCUAUGGGCUCAGCCAAUGCUACCGUCAGCAGAAGCUGGCGGUGCCACCCGAAGACUGGAUUCUGUUACUGCAAGCCAGGCGUGGCAGGCCCGAACUGUGACAGAUGCCUUAUGGGAUACUGGGGGUUUGGAGAAAAUGGCUGUCGUCCUUGUGAUUGUGCCAGAGACUGUGACCAGCACACUGGAAACUGUUUCAAUGGUUAUGACAAUAAGCCAUUUUUCAAUGUCCCCCUUGGUGGACGAAUCCCGGACCUCAUUCACACACCCGCCAAUGAAAGUGAAGAUGAGUGGAAAUGGAACGAUCAUGAGCAGGGAUUUUCUGCAUUGAGACAUCCAGAAAAGUGCGUGUGCAAAGAAAAAGUGCUUGGAAGCGUUACCGAUUUCUGCCAAAUGAAAUAUGCAUAUGUGAUAAAAGCAAGAAUUCUGUCAGCUCAUGACAAAGGAACCCAUGCAGAAGUUGUUGUGAAGGUGAAGAAGAUUUUGAAAUCAGGCAAAGUGAAAAUUGCUCGGAGUAACCGGAGUAUCUACCCGGAGUCCUGGACCCAUAGGGGAUGCACAUGUCCCAUUCUCAAUCCUGGUACAGACUACCUUAUAGCAGGCCAAGAGGACUCAAGAACUGGCAAACUGCUUGUGAAUAUGAACAGCCUGGUAAAACCCUGGAAGGCAUACUUGGGCAAACAAGCAGCAGACAUUCUUCGAACUGGGUGUAGAUAAUUUUUCCUUCAGAAAUUAAAGUGAUGAACUUUACCUUUACAUUACAAUGCAGUGAAAGGCGUAGUUAGCUCAUAUAUUACCAUUCAGCACAUUCUUAGCUCAAGGAAGGAAAAUGGACGUAAACCUUCCUUUCCCCUACCUGCUUAAGCCAGGAACAUUUGGACAUGACUUCAAAAAAAUACAUCCCAUCUUAUCAUAUGGAAUUAACCGCUGCAUCACAUGUAGCUUACAAGUCGCAGUUCUUAGCUUCAGCCCAAUUCCACAGAACCCAAAGAAUCUACAUGGCAAAAAGUUGAAACUAUGGGUUAUGUGUUUCCACACUUCAGGACUGAGCCUGAUAUUAAUAAGUAUACACUGCUUCCAUAGUGCAUUCUUUACUUGGGUGUCGUUUCCUUUAUUUAAGUAACCAUUAACAGGCAAAAAUGUUCAGCUUUCACUGGUGGCAAAAUACUAAACAAUAUGUCAAAUGACACUUGAUUUUGUUUUAGAAGAGCUCAGUUACUUUUAUUCACCAGGCAAACUGCAGUUAGAUCAAUGUAAGACAUGUUACUUUCUUCCGUAAUAUAUUGUUGCUGCACAGAGACAAACUAACAUUGGAAUUAUAUCCAGUGAGGUCCUCUAUGGAUGUGCCUUGUCCGUGUCAGUGCAGAAAUGCUGUUGCAGACAGAACUUCUGGCCCAGCGGGACUCUUGGUACCAUGCCAUCUUUUCUAUCACAGCUCUGUGCUGCAGCACUUCUGUCCAUAAUGUCAUUUAACAUCAGGUUUCAGAAGGAUAGCUACCAAGGAGCCUUGUACCAGGAAAGUGUUGUGAGCCUUGUACCAGGAGAGUGUUAUGUCAAGCCACAGCUCCUUGAGAAAGUGUUGGAAGCUGGUCCAGUUUUAGUACGUGAAAUCACAAAAGCACCAAGGCAGAGGUAUGAGGGAGCUUUCCUAAUCUGUGGAGGUCUCAGUAACUGCUGGGACAGUCAUCUGGUUAUUCUGUUCUUUGCUCUGUAUGCCAUACACAGUAUUUGAUUGUAGGUAGCCUUUUUCAUACUGUUCUUUUAUAGUAGCUCAACUUUUUUCAAGUUAAGUUGCCUUCCAAUUGUGUUUGAGGUUUGUUUAGAGUGAUGGGUAUGGGUGAUGGUAUCUCCACUCUGAGUAAAGUACAUCUCUUCUGCAGAAGGAUUUCCCAUGGAUUAAUUUUAGUUUGUUCUGUGGCAAGUAAGAAGCCAGUGGGACUGAAAAUUCCUCAGACUACUAUGGGAGGAAGCAAUGAUUUCUUCAUUAUCUGUGCCCAGGUGAUAGGAAAAUUAUAACCAAACCAAGUUGGUUGAGGAGUACCAUAUGUUCCAUUAAUAAGUAAAGCAUAAAUCAGAAGUCUACUUCAUAUAUGCUCCUUACAUACAGCUUUGGUUUAUGCCCCAAGAACAGGAAAAGAAGGGGAAGGGAUUUGCUCUGUAUGCCGGUAUCUCAGGGCCACAUAAGGGGACCUAGAAAAACCCCAGGGCAAUGAAAAGAGCCUGUGGGUCUGGGUUAUAGUGUCUAAUGUGAAAUUGAGAUAAGUGGUCAGACAGUCCAGAUCAGUGACUGGUACCCGACCCCUGAGGAUGCUGAAAAGCUUAGGCUUCUUGUUUUCAUCCCAUUGUGUGUCACCCUUUGUUUUGUUCAGGGGCUGAUGCACAUCAGAACAUCCGAAGGUCACAUUUCAGAUCAUUUUCAGCCAUUCACAGCUUUGGGUGAAAUGCUGCAUUGAAGAUCAACUUGACUAAGUGAUUGUUGUUUUUCAUAAGCAACCCCCUUAAACUCCAGAUGUAUUAUAUUCUAUUAUUAUGUCUCAUCCCAGUGUCCUCUAUUUUGCUAUGAACUUAAGGAAUGUUCAGCUAGGUAAGUGGUUGGACUGACCAAAUGUUCACAAAUCUAUCACUGCUCCUAAGAGAUCUGAUUGUUAGAAACUUUGUUUGUGCCUGCAAUUUUGAGAGUACAAGUAAAUUAAGGUAUAAUCAAUUUUCCCUAAAUACCUUGUACUUGAUUGCAGAUAGCAUUAAUAGCACUUCUGACUUUGCAGGCACAAAAGAGGGAAGGAACAGAGACUCUUUACAAAAUUAGGUCCAUAUGGCAUAUUGGUUCGUGUACCAGCGGAUUGAAGUGCCCUUGGAUUGUUCCAAUUAGCUAUAGCUCAGUUUUAGCUUUAAAAUUGUCCUGUGGGAAAGGAAGCUUUGCAUAGUUAUUUUAACUAUUUAUGUGCUGCUAAAUAAAUUUGCAUGAUGCCUCAAGGGUCCUUUUAUUUGUAUUAGAACUAGGAUUUUUCAAAGGAGCCUAACGGAGUUCAGCACUCAGCUCCCUUUGAAAUCCCUCAGGACAUGCAUGCCUAAUCACUUCAGGACCCUUUGCAAAUCUCAGCCAAACAAGGUGUUUUAUUCAUGACUGAGCUAGUGUAGAACCUCUCCUCUCUGCUUUAUAGGUCACAACCAGAAUUAUGCCCCAGACACAUUAUGAUAUAUAUAGAGGUUCCUAUCUGGGUAUGAUAUACAUUUACAAAAACACAGGCAAUUUUCACCCUACUAAGGCACAUAAAUACUGUGCUUGCUUGUUUCCUAAUAUGCCAGGAAAACCCCCACUAUUAUCUAUUUGUUGCUAUCGAAAGCAGUAACCAAGAAUUUGGCAUUUCCAGCGAGAGAUUUAAUUAACAUAGUAAAAUACUUUGCACCGGUGAAAUAUCUUUCUUGAAAAUGCCAGCUCAUAAAAUUAGGAGACUAAUCAAGCAAUACUGUUUUCAUUGCUGUCUCUAUAAAUAGAUUAAGUCAUAGUCUUUUAAAGACCAUUAAAAAUAAAGCUGUGUUUAGGUAAAUUUAUAGCCCGUAAAAUAAUAAAAUAAAAUAAAGCCUGUGGUAAGAAAAUAUGCUAACGAAUGCACUUUUGACAAAUCCAUUCAUAGGGACAGUUUUUUUGUGUGCUUUUAAUCAACUGAGAGCCAUAGGCCACUCCAGCUUGCAGGCAGUAUUAUCUCACUGAGGUUAGUGGGAUUGCAUGGGGGUGUCAGUCAUUGGACUUAAUAUUAUUUCUCAAUUUUCCACUUUCCAAGAGAAACCUACUCUUUAUUAGAAAGCUGAGAUGGAAACACCUUGUGAAACUAUUUCAGGAAUCAUGCCUUCUUCCUUUCCACUCUGCAGAUCCAUCUAGUCCUAACAUUUUUCUUCUGAUCUCCUACCAAUGCUCUCUUCCAUGCCGCAUUAUUUGGAACCAGACAGAGUCCACUCACCCUGUGCAGGGCUGCUGAAGUACACGGGGAACCCCAGCUCCCAGUGCUUUGUGCUGGUCUCCCACAAGGGAAUAGGAAUUCCACCCCUAGACAGGGCUGAUACAUAGUUGAGACAUACACCUUUGUAAUUCACCUUAAUGCCAACCUUCAACCAGGUGUUUCCUAAGUAUAUUCAAUCACUGUUUCCAGACUGACUGUUCUGUGAUGUGAACAAAAGCCUAUACGAAAUCAGACUGGGACCAAAACAUUUAUUUCACUAAUUUUCAAGCUAGCAUGUUCUUUUAACCAGAUCUCUCUUUGCAGAUCACUGUGAAAAACAUGCAGUUAUGGUCAGUCUCAGAGCAAACUGACUUUUUGUUGCCAUUACUAUUAGCUUCCAGUAAAUCCUCUGCCUAAAUAACCUGAAAAGAAAAUAAAACGUGAGGAUGGGAAAUGGGGAAGAAAGAAGAGAGAGGAAUUUUGGGGGGGAUAUCUUAAUGCCUGAGCAAAAAUGAGUGAGAGACAAUACAAUACUACAUAAAUGCUUCCCAGAAGUAACUGCUAUGCAUUUCCUAUGAGCAGAACAAACAAGGCCUCCAAAACCUAAGAAGAGCUGCCAAAGAUAGGCCUAUUGAAAAGGCUGCCUGAAGAGAGUCUGCCUUUUGUUUGUAUUCAUAGAGCAUCUAGCAUAAGGGCAUCCUGGUCCAGGACUAGGGCUCCCAGACAAUAUAGUAAUACAACCAAGGGUGACUGAAUAUGACAAUCCAAGAUUCCUAACAUGGGCCCAGUACUGAAAAUGUUCAGAUAUCCAACCCUACUUAUGCUGUACUAUACAAAUUGGCUGAUCAGUAGAUGUUCUUAAACAGAAGCAAAGAUACAAUCAUCUUGUAAGCACAGUUUAAAGAUGGAAAAAUAAUGUUGUGUCCCCAAGAAAAGAAGACUGGAAAGUAGUGGGAGAGUAACAACAGGGCAGGCAAGUGAGGAGACAGUUGUUAUACGCAGCAGCAUGUAUAGAAGAGAGGCAGAAGUAACAAUAGGAAAAUUGCAGGCCAAAGCCUGUGUCUGUGCAGCUCAAGUGUUGGCUACAAUAUAGCUACUCCAGCUUAAUCUUUGUAGAGACCUUUAACGGAUCAAGUUAGUUCAUUAAAUAGCCAUUGUGAGUGCUGAACCCUACUGACAGUGUAACACAACCUUGCGUAUCAUUGCUCACGCUCCCACUCAUACGCACGGAUACACCAAGCAGCUAGAAAGAAGCAGGCAGAAGGAAACUGAAUCAUGUACAACACUCUUGCAAGAGUGGCUCGGUAUUAGAACUGCUUCAAGAACAAGUUUUCUCAGCAGUGUUCUCCAUCUGCAGAGCUCAUCACUUUUCCAUGCCGCUUGAUGUAAGCUUGCCUUGAGUUUAUAUAAUUCACACAACAUGCUCGCCAGAGUCCCUCAGACCUGGGAAAGUUAUUGUGUUAUUUGUUACGUGUUGUAGCACAUUUUCUUUUUUGUACUUAAACUUCGAUUAAAAAUACUCAAAGACA